ACAGCACUCUGAACCCGCCUCGCAACAGUACACCAGUCCAGGAGAGAGCAGCACCACGUUGACAAGAUGCAACUGUUCGUUUUCUGCCUCCUGGUGGCCACCACGGCCGCCUUCACGAUGCUCGGCCCGCACAUCCGCAUCGCGCCGGGCCAGAAGUCCAACGAGAUCGUGCUCCACUUCCGCAAUCCGUGCAACAACAAGACCAGCACCACGACCCUGAAGCCGCCGUCGCGACCGUGUCCCGAUCAUCCCACCACACCCUCCUGUGAGCACCGCACUUCCAGUGCCUCAACGAGCAGAGGCACCUCCCCGAAGCCCACGCUAGAAACAACUAUCGGGACGACUUUCGGGACAACCCAAGUAACUUCCUCCACGACACUUAAGCCUACGGAAGGCACAUCGGAGAAACCGACGACUCUGAAACCAACUGAGGCAACCAGUGUGAAGCCCACAACUUUGAAGCCCACAGAGGGAACCUCGGCCAAACCGACAACUCUGAAACCAACUGAGGGAACCUCGGCCAAACCGACAACUCUGAAACCAACUGAGGCAACCACUUCAAAGCCCACAGAGGGAACCUCGGCCAAACCGACAACUCUGAAUCCAACUGAGGCAACCAGUGUGAAGCCCACAACUUUGAAGCCCACAGAAGGAACCUCGGCCAAACCGACAACUCUGAAACCAAUUGAGGCAACCAGUGUGAAGCCCACAGAGGGAACCACGGCCAAACCGACAACUCUGAAACCAACUGAGGCAACCAGUGUGAAGCCCACAACUUUGAAGCCCACAGAAGGAACCUCGGCCAAACCGACAACUCUGAAACCAACUGAGGCAACCAGUGUGAAGCCCACAGAGGGAACCUCGGCCAAACCGACAACUCUGAAACCAACUGAGGCAACCAGUGUGAAGCCCACAACUUUGAAGCCCACAGAGGGAACCACGGCCAAACCGACAACUCUGAAACCAACUGAGGCAACCAGUGUGAAGCCCACAGAGGGAACCUCGGCCAAACCGACAACUCUGAAACCAACUGAGGCAACCAGUGUGAAGCCCACAACUUUGAAGCCCACAGAGGGAACCACGGCCAAACCGACAACUCUGAAACCAACUGAGGCAACCAGUGUGAAGCCCACAACUUUGAAGCCCACAGAGGGAACCUCGGCCAAACCGACAACUCUGAAACCAACUGAGGCAACCAGUGUGAAGCCCACAACUUUGAAGCCCACAGAGGGAACCACGGCCAAACCGACAACUCUGAAACCAACUGAGGCAACCAGUGUGAAGCCCACAGAGGGAACCUCGGCCAAACCGACAACUCUGAAACCAACUGAGGCAACCAGUGUGAAGCCCACAACUUUGAAGCCCACAGAGGAAACCUCGGCCAAACCGACAACUCUGAAACCAACUGCGGCAACCAGUGUGAAGCCCACAACUUUGAAGCCCACAGAGGGAACCUCGGCCAAACCGACAACUCAGAAACCAACUGAGGCAACCACUUCAAAGCCCACAGAGGGAACCUCGGCCAAACCGACAACUCUGAAACCAACUGAGGCAACCAGUGUGAAGCCCACAACUUUGAAGCCCACAGAGGGAACCUCGGCCAAACCGACAACUCUGAAACCAACUGAGGCAACCAGUGUGAAGCCCACAACUUUGAAGCCCACAGAGGGAACCUCGGCCAAACCGACAACUCUGAAACCAACUGAGGGAACCUCGGCCAAACCGACAACUCUGAAACCAACUGAGGCAACCACUUCAAAGCCCACAGAGGGAACCUCGGCCAAACCGACAACUCUGAAUCCAACUGAGGCAACCAGUGUGAAGCCCACAACUUUGAAGCCCACAGAAGGAACCUCGGCCAAACCGACAACUCUGAAACCAACUGAGGCAACCAGUGUGAAGCCCACAGAGGGAACCACGGCCAAACCGACAACUCUGAAACCAACUGAGGGAACCUCGGCCAAACCGACAACUCUGAAUCCAACUGAGGCAACCAGUGUGAAGCCCACAACUUUGAAGCCCACAGAGGAAACCUCGGCCAAACCGACAACUCUGAAACCAACUGCGGCAACCAGUGUGAAGCCCACAACUUUGAAGCCCACAGAGGGAACCUCGGCCAAACCGACAACUCAGAAACCAACUGAGGCAACCACUUCAAAGCCCACAGAGGGAACCUCGGCCAAACCGACAACUCUGAAACCAACUGAGGCAACCAGUGUGAAGCCCACAACUUUGAAGCCCACAGAGGGAACCUCGGCCAAACCGACAACUCUGAAACCAACUGAGGCAACCAGUGUGAAGCCCACAACUUUGAAGCCCACAGAGGGAACCUCGGCCAAACCGACAACUCUGAAACCAACUGAGGGAACCUCGGCCAAACCGACAACUCUGAAUCCAACUGAGGCAACCAGUGUGAAGCCCACAACUUUGAAGCCCACAGAAGGAACCUCGGCCAAACCGACAACUCUGAAACCAACUGAGGCAACCAGUGUGAAGCCCACAGAGGGAACCACGGCCAAACCGACAACUCUGAAACCAACUGAGGCAACCAGUGUGAAGCCCACAACUUUGAAGCCCACAGAAGGAACCUCGGCCAAACCGACAACUCUGAAACCAACUGAGGCAACCAGUGUGAAGCCCACAGAGGGAACCUCGGCCAAACCGACAACUCUGAAACCAACUGAGGCAACCAGUGUGAAGCCCACAACUUUGAAGCCCACAGAGGGAACCACGGCCAAACCGACAACUCUGAAACCAACUGAGGCAACCAGUGUGAAGCCCACAGAGGGAACCUCGGCCAAACCGACAACUCUGAAACCAACUGAGGCAACCAGUGUGAAGCCCACAACUUUGAAGCCCACAGAGGGAACCACGGCCAAACCGACAACUCUGAAACCAACUGAGGCAACCAGUGUGAAGCCCACAACUUUGAAGCCCACAGAGGGAACCUCGGCCAAACCGACAACUCUGAAACCAACUGAGGCAACCAGUGUGAAGCCCACAACUUUGAAGCCCACAGAGGGAACCACGGCCAAACCGACAACUCUGAAACCAACUGAGGCAACCAGUGUGAAGCCCACAGAGGGAACCUCGGCCAAACCGACAACUCUGAAACCAACUGAGGCAACCAGUGUGAAGCCCACAACUUUGAAGCCCACAGAGGGAACCUCGGCCAAACCGACAACUCUGAAACCAACUGCGGCAACCAGUGUGAAGCCCACAACUUUGAAGCCCACAGAGGGAACCUCGGCCAAACCGACAACUCAGAAACCAACUGAGGCAACCACUUCAAAGCCCACAGAGGGAACCUCGGCCAAACCGACAACUCUGAAACCAACUGAGGCAACCAGUGUGAAGCCCACAACUUUGAAGCCCACAGAGGGAACCUCGGCCAAACCGACAACUCUGAAACCAACUGAGGCAACCAGUGUGAAGCCCACAACUUUGAAGCCCACAGAGGGAACCUCGGCCAAACCGACAACUCUGAAACCAACUGAGGCAACCAGUAUGAAGCCCACAACUUUGAAGCCCACAGAGGGAACCUCGGCCAAACCGACAACUCUGAAACCAACUGAGGCAACCACUUCAAAGCCCACAGAGGGAACCUCGGCCAAACCGACAACUCUGAAACCAACUGAGGCAACCACUUCAAAGCCCACAGAGGGAACCUCGGCCAAACCGACAACUCUGAAACCAACUGAGGCAACCAGUGUGAAGCCCACAACUUUGAAGCCCACAGAGGGAACCUCGGCCAAACCGACAACUCUGAAACCAACUGAGGAAACCAGUGUGAAGCCCACAACUUUGAAGCCCACAGAGGGAACCUCGGCCAAACCGACAACUCUGAAACCAACUGAGGCAACCACUUCAAAGCCCACAGAGGGAACCUCGGCCAAACCGACAACUCUGAAACCAACUGAGGCAACCAGUAUGAAGCCCACAACUUUGAAGCCCACAGAGGGAACCUCGGCCAAACCGACAACUCUGAAACCAACUGAGGCAACCACUUCAAAGCCCACAGAGGGAACCUCGGCCAAACCGACAACUCUGAAACCAACUGAGGCAACCAGUGUGAAGCCCACAACUUUGAAGCCCACAGAGGGAACCUCGGCCAAACCGACAACUCUGAAACCAACUGAGGCAACCACUUCAAAGCCCACAGAGGGAACCUCGGCCAAACCGACAACUCUGAAACCAACUGAGGCAACCAGUGUGAAGCCCACAGAGGGAACCGCGGCCAAACCGACAACUCUGAAACCAACUGAGGCAACCACUUCAAAGCCCACAGAGGGAACCUCGGCCAAACCGACAACUCUGAAACCAACUGAGGCAACCAGUGUGAAGCCCACAACUUUGAAGCCCACAGAAGGAACUUCGGCCAAACCGACAACUCUGAAACCAACUGAGGCAACCAGUGUGAAGCCCACAACUUUGAAGCCCACAGAGGGAACCUCGGCCAAACCGACAACUCUGAAACCAACUGAGGCAACCAGUGUGAAGCCCACAACUUUGAAGCCCACAGAAGGAACCUCGGCCAAACCGACAACUCAGAAACCAACUGAGGCAACCACUUCAAAGCCCACAGAGGGAACCUCGGCCAAACCGACAACUCUGAAACCAACUGAGGCAACCAGUGUGAAGCCCACAACUUUGAAGCCCACAGAGGGAACCACGGCCAAACCGACAACUCUGAAACCAACUGAGGCAACCAGUGUGAAGCCCACAGAGGGAACCUCGGCCAAACCGACAACUCUGAAACCAACUGAGGCAACCAGUGUGAAGCCCACAACUUUGAAGCCCACAGAGGGAACCUCGGCCAAACCGACAACUCUGAAACCAACUGAGGGAACCUCGGCCAAACCGACAACUCUGAAACCAACUGAGGCAACCAGUGUGAAGCCCACAACUUUGAAGCCCACAGAGGGAACCUCGGCCAAACCGACAACUCUGAAACCAACUGAGGAAACCAGUGUGAAGCCCACAACUUUGAAGCCCACAGAGGGAACCUCGGCCAAACCGACAACUCUGAAACCAACUGAGGCAACCAGUGUGAAGCCCACAACUUUGAAGGCCACAGAGGGAACCUCGGCCAAACCGACAACUCUGAAACCAACUGAGGCAACCAGUGUGAAGCCCACAGAGGGAACCUCGGCCAAACCGACAACUCUGAAACCAACUGAGGCAACCAGUGUGAAGCCCACAACUUUGAAGCCCACAGAGGGAACUUCGGCCAAACCGACAACUCUGAAACCAACUGAGGCAACCAGUGUGAAGCCCACAACUUUGAAGCCCACAGAGGGAACCUCGGCCAAACCGACAACUCAGAAACCAACUGAGGCAACCACUUCAAAGCCCACAGUGGGAACCUCGGCCAAACCGACAACUCUGAAACCAACUGAGGCAACCAGUGUGAAGCCCACAACUUUGAAGCCCACAGAGGGAACCUCGGCCAAACCGACAACUCUGAAACCAACUGAGGCAACCACUUCAAAGCCCACAGAGGGAACCUCGGCCAAACCGACAACUCUGAAACCAACUGAGGCAACCAGUGUGAAGCCCACAACUUUGAAGCCCACAGAGGGAACCUCGGCCAAACCGACAACUCUGAAACCAACUGAGGCAACCAGUGUGAAGCCCACAACUUUGAAGCCCACAGAGGGAACCUCGGCCAAACCGACAACUCUGAAACCAACUGAGGCAACCACUUCAAAGCCCACAGAGGGAACCUCGGCCAAACCGACAACUCUGAAACCAACUGAGGCAACCAGUGUGAAGCCCACAGAGGGAACCUCGGCCAAACCGACAACUCUGAAACCAACUGAGGCAACCAGUGUGAAGCCCACAACUUUGAAGCCCACAGAGGGAACCACGGCCAAACCGACAACUCUGAAACCAACUGAGGCAACCAGUGUGAAGCCCACAGAGGGAACCUCGGCCAAACCGACAACUCUGAAACCAACUGAGGCAACCAGUGUGAAGCCCACAACUUUGAAGCCCACAACUUUGAAGCCCACGGAGGGAACCUCGGCCAAACCGCCAACUCUGAAACCAACUGAGGCAACCACUUCAAAGCCCACAGAGGGAACCUCGGCCAAACCGACAACUCUGAAACCAACUGAGGCAACCAGUGUGAAGCCCACAACUUUGAAGCCCACAGAAGGAACCUCGGCCAAACCGACAACUCUGAAACCAACUGAGGCAACCAGUGUGAAGCCCACAACUUUGAAGCCCACAGAAGGAACCUCGGCCAAACCGACAACUCAGAAACCAACUAAGGCAACCACUUCAAAGCCCACAGAGGGAACCUCGGCCAAACCGACAACUCUGAAACCAACUGAGGCAACCAGUGUGAAGCCCACAACUUUGAAGCCCACAGAGGGAACCUCGGCCAAACCGACAACUCUGAAACCAACUGAGGCAACCAGUGUGAAGCCCACAACUUUGAAGCCCACAGAGGGAACCUCGGCCAAACCGACAACUCUGAAACCAACUGAGGGAACCUCGGCCAAACCGACAACUCUGAAACCAACUGAGGCAACCAGUGUGAAGCCCACAACUUUGAAGCCCACAGAGGGAACCACGGCCAAACCGACAACUCUGAAACCAACUGAGGCAACCAGUGUGAAGCCCACAGAGGGAACCUCGGCCAAACCGACAACUCUGAAACCAACUGAGGCAACCAGUGUGAAGCCCACAACUUUGAAGCCCACAACUUUGAAGCCCACGGAGGGAACCUCGGCCAAACCGACAACUCUGAAACCAACUGAGGCAACCACUUCAAAGCCCACAGAGGGAACCUCGGCCAAACCGACAACUCUGAAACCAACUGAGGCAACCAGUGUGAAGCCCACAACUUUGAAGCCCACAGAAGGAACCUCGGCCAAACCGACAACUCUGAAACCAACUGAGGCAACCAGUGUGAAGCCCACAACUUUGAAGCCCACAGAAGGAACCUCGGCCAAACCGACAACUCAGAAACCAACUAAGGCAACCACUUCAAAGCCCACAGAGGGAACCUCGGCCAAACCGACAACUCUGAAACCAACUGAGGCAACCAGUGUGAAGCCCACAACUUUGAAGCCCACAGAGGGAACCUCGGCCAAACCGACAACUCUGAAACCAACUGAGGCAACCAGUGGGAAGCCCACAACUUUGAAGCCCACAGAGGGAACCUCGGCCAAACCGACAACUCUGAAACCAACUGAGGCAACCAGUGUGAAGCCCACAACUUUGAAGCCCACAGAGGGAACCUCGGCCAAACCGACAACUCUGAAACCAACUGAGGCAACCACUUCAAAGCCCACAGAGGGAACCUCGGCCAAACCGACAACUCUGAAACCAACUGAGGCAACCAGUGUGAAGCCCACAACUUUGAUGCCCACAGAAGGAACCUCGGCCAAACCGACAACUCUGAAACCAACUGAGGCAACCACUUCAAAGCCCACAGAGGGAACCUCGGCCAAACCGACAACUCUGAAACCAACUGAGGCAACCAGUGUGAAGCCCACAACUUUGAAGCCUACAGAAGGGACCUCGGCCAAACCGACAACUCUGAAACCAACUGAGGCAACCACUUCAAAGCCCACAGAGGGAACCUCGGCCAAACCGACAACUCUGAAACCAACUGAGGCAACCAGUGUGAAGCCCACAACUUUGAAGCCCACAGAGGGAACCUCGGCCAAACCGACAACUCUGAAACCAACUGAGGCAACCAGUGUGAAGCCCACAACUUUGAAGCCCACAGAAGGGACCUCGGCCAAACCGACAACUCUGAAACCAACUGAGGCAACCACUUCAAAGCCCACAGAGGGAACCUCGGCCAAACCGACAACUCUGAAACCAACUGAGGCAACCAGUGUGAAGCCCACAACUUUGAAGCCCACAGAGGGAACCUCGGCCAAACCGACAACUCUGAAACCAACUGAGGCAACCACUUCAAAGCCCACAGAGGGAACCUCGGCCAAACCGACAACUCUGAAACCAACUGAGGCAACCAGUGUGAAGCCCACAACUUUGAAGCCCACAGAAGGAACCUCGGCCAAACCGACAACUCAGAAACCAACUGAGGCAACCACUUCAAAGCCCACAGAGGGAACCUCGGCCAAACCGACAACUCUGAAACCAACUGAGGCAACCAGUGUGAAGCCCACAACUUUGAAGCCCACAGAGGGAACCUCGGCCAAACCGACAACUCUGAAACCAACUGAGGCAACCAGUGUGAAGCCCACAACUUUGAAGCCCACAGAGGGAACCUCGGCCAAACCGACAACUCUGAAACCAACUGAGGCAACCUCGGCCAAACCGACAACUCUGAAACCAACUGAGGCAACCAGUGUGAAGCCCACAACUUUGAAGCCCACAGAGGGAACCUCGGCCAAACCGACAACUCUGAAACCAACUGAGGGAACCUCGGCCAAACCGACAACUUUGAAACCAACUGAGGCAACCAGUGUGAAGCCCACAACUCUGAAGCCCACAGAGGGAACCUCGGCCAAACCGACAACUCUGAAACCAACUGAGGCAACCAGUGUGAAGCCCACAACUUUGAAGCCCACAGAGGGAACCUCGGCCAAACCGACAACUCUGAAACCAACUGAGGGAACCUCGGCCAAACCGACAACUCUGAAACCAACUGAGGCAACCAGUGUGAAGCCCACAACUUUGAAGCCCACAGAGGGAACCUCGGCCAAACCGACAACUCUGAAACCAACUGAGGCAACCAGUGUGAAGCCCACAACUUUGAAGCCCACAGAGGGAACCUCGGCCAAACCGACAACUCUGAAACCAACUGCGGCAACCACUUCAAAGCCCACAGAGGGAACCUCGGCCAAACCGACAACUCUGAAACCAACUGAGGCAACCAGUGUGAAGCCCACAACUUUGAAGCCCACAGAGGGAACCUCGGCCAAACCGACAACUUUGAAACCAACUGAGGCAACCAGUGUGAAGCCCACAACUUUGAAGCCCACAGAGGGAACCUCGGCCAAACCGACAACUCUGAAACCAACUGAGGCAACCAGUGUGAAGCCCACAACUUUGAAGCCCACAGAGGGAACCUCGGCCAAACCGACCACUCUGAAACCAACUGAAGCAACCAGUGUGAAGCCCACAACUUUGAAGCCCACAGAGGGAACCUCGGCCAAACCGACAACUCUGAAACCAACUGAGGCAACCAGUGUGAAGCCCACAACUUUGAAGCCCACAGAGGGAACCUCGGCCAAACCGACAACUCUGAAACCAACUGAGGCAACCAGUGUGAAGCCCACAACUUUGAAGCCCACAGAGGGAACCUCGGCCAAACCGACAACUCUGAAACCAACUGAGGCAACCACUUCAAAGCCCACAGAGGGAACCUCGGCCAAACCGACAACUCUGAAACCAACUGAGGCAACCAGUGUGAAGCCCACAACUUUGAAGCCCACAGAAGGAACCUCGGCCAAACCGACAACUCAGAAACCAACUGAGGCAACCACUUCAAAGCCCACAGAGGGAACCUCGGCCAAACCGACAACUUUGAAACCAACUGAGGCAACCAGUGUGAAGCCCACAACUUUGAAGCCCACAGAGGGAACCUCGGCCAAACCGACAACUUUGAAACCAACUGAGGCAACCACUUCAAAGCCCACAGAGGGAACCUCGGCCAAACCGACAACUCUGAAACCAACUGAGGCAACCAGUGUGAAGCCCACAACUUUGAAGCCCACAGAGGGAACCUCGGCCAAACCGACAACUCUGAAACCAACUGAGGCAACCACUUCAAAGCCCACAGAGGGAACCUCGGCCAAACCGACAACUCUGAAACCAACUGAGGCAACCAGUGUGAAGCCCACAACUUUGAAGCCCACAGAGGGAACCUCGGCCAAACCGACAACUCUGAAACCAACUGAGGCAACCAGUGUGAAGCCCACAACUUUGAAGCCCACAGAGGGAACCUCGGCCAAACCGACAACUCUGAAACCAACUGAGGCAACCAGUGUGAAGCCCACAACUUUGAAGCCCACAGAGGGAACCUCGGCCAAACCGACCACUCUGAAACCAACUGAAGCAACCAGUGUGAAGCCCACAACUUUGAAGCCCACAGAGGGAACCUCGGCCAAACCGACAACUCUGAAACCAACUGAGGCAACCAGUGUGAAGCCCACAACUUUGAAGCCCACAGAGGGAACCUCGGCCAAACCGACAACUCUGAAACCAACUGAGGCAACCACUUCAAAGCCCACAGAGGGAACCUCGGCCAAACCGACAACUCUGAAACCAACUGAGGCAACCAGUGUGAAGCCCACAACUUUGAAGCCCACAGAAGGAACCUCGGCCAAACCGACAACUCAGAAACCAACUGAGGCAACCACUUCAAAGCCCACAGAGGGAACCUCGGCCAAACCGACAACUUUGAAACCAACUGAGGCAACCAGUGUGAAGCCCACAACUUUGAAGCCCACAGAGGGAACCUCGGCCAAACCGACAACUUUGAAACCAACUGAGGCAACCACUUCAAAGCCCACAGAGGGAACCUCGGCCAAACCGACAACUCUGAAACCAACUGAGGCAACCAGUGUGAAGCCCACAACUUUGAAGCCCACAGAGGGAACCUCGGCCAAACCGACAACUCUGAAACCAACUGAGGGAACCUCGGCCAAACCGACAACUCUGAAACCAACUGAGGCAACCAGUGUGAAGCCCACAACUUUGAAGCCCACAGAGGGAACCUCGGCCAAACCGACAACUUUGAAACCAACUGAGGCAACCAGUGUGAAGCCCACAACUUUGAAGCCCACAGAGGGAACCUCGGCCAAACCGACAACUCUGAAACCAACUGAGGCAACCAGUGUGAAGCCCACAACUUUGAAGCCCACAGAGGAAACCUCGGCCAAACCGACAACUCUGAAACCAACUGAGGCAACCAGUGUGAAGCCCACAACUUUGAAG